AUGGAGACCGUUUUCCAGAUAGGAACGAAGAGGGCUAGGGAGGCACCCUCUGCGAGGUCGUUUCCCCGCUUUGCCGGCCGUCCCGGCGUCCCGUCUGCGCCUGUUCCUUCGCCUGCCUCGCUGCUGGCGGUUCGCGGGUACACGCCGCCGUCGAAGCGCACGUGGGCGAAGCAGCACAACAAGAUUUUCACGCCGCGCCCGCUCUCUGAGCGCUUCUCGCCCCACAAACUCCACCCUGAGCACGAGUGGUGGCGCGAACGCGCGACGCAGCCUUCCGCGCUCUUCAUGGGCUUCCCGGACUUGCUCAGUCUGCCGCUGCGCGGCGGACACGCGUACAUCAACGAGAUGGACGCAAGCACCCUGGCAGUCGUCCUCGCGAACGUCGCAACCUCGCCUUCGCCGUACAGCGUCUCCGAGCGCCGCGCGCCUCCCACGCCUUCCCUGGCUGCUCUGGCUCCUCCGUCCUUCUCGCCUGUACACCUUCCGCAGCAUCUGGACACGUUGUUGCUGCUUCUGGGGAGACAGGCUGCGGCGACGGCGGCGGAUGCGACGGACACCGCCCUCGCGUUCCUGUUUCGAGGCUGCGCCGAGGCCGGAAUUGCGGAGCGAAGCGUCGUCUGCACGCUGCUCGGAAGGGUGGAGACGAGACUCCCGCGCAUGAUGUUGCCGGACUGCCUCGUCUUGAUGGAGGCGCUCCGGCCAGGCCUCCCUGCGGUGUAUAGGCACCCGAGAUUCGUCGCGAGUCUCGUUCGGCACGUCGCGCUCCUCGUCCAGUUUCGUGGGGCCGAAAGCGACGCCGAGGAGCUCUGCGACUUGGCGCAUCUCCUCGUGUUCGCUGCCCAGGAGCGACACGCAGCUCUGCUGCAGAGUCUCGCCAUGCUCCUCAUCCAGGGGAAACGCCAAACGCUGAACGUAACUUCCCCGGUCGCCCUCGCGAGGGCCAUGGAGGCUUUCGCGGCUGCGCGGGAUGCAAUCAACGCCCCGCUUCUGGAUGCGCAUGCGAGGAAACCGGAAACGGAACGCCGCUCUCGACACGCGUCCGACCUCUUCUGCGCCUCGCCCCUGCUCCGUGCCAGAGAACCGAGUGUCUACGCGCCUCCUUCGGCUCUCCUCCUCCUCUCGCUCCUCGCCCCGCUUGUCCAGGCAGUGCACCGCGCAGAGAAAGGCGCGCCGAGGCGCCGAGGGCGAGAGUUCGACGCGGAGAGAGAGGCGAGCGAAAGAGACGAGCGCCUGAGCCGCAAGAACAGAGACAGCGUCGCUCUCACUGAGGCCGCCGCACGCGCCGCAGACGCAGUCGCAGCGGAAACGGAAAUGUUGAAAAACAGAGAAAGCACCCUCACGAGGGGUUUGCUCAGGUGUCUAGAAAGAGUCGAUGACAACCGCGGCCAGCUGUCCCCCGAGAGCAUCUGCAAGGUUCUCUACGCAGCCGUCCUGGCGCGCACAGCUCCGAGCCGUCUCUUCUUCCCGGACCUUCUCAAGCGCCUCGGAGACCAACUCGGUGCCUGUACACCAGAGGAUCUCUCCCGCGCGCUCUUUGCUCUCGUGAAACUUUCAUCUGCCUCCUCGUCUCUCCAUCCGCGGUGCCGAGACCUUUUGCCUCCUCUUCUUGCGACCGUACUGGCAGCUGUGAAGUCUUCUCUCCCUCUCGCUGAUGUGUCUACUCUGGCGCGUCUCCAUAGCGCAGCAGCCUCGGCGGCGGUGGCCUCUUUGGAGACGAAGAAAGAAGAACUGCGGAGCCUCGCCGAGGACACAAGUCGCUUGAUGCAUGCGCGGCUCGAAGAAGCCUCGCCGACGCAUCUCACUGUUUUUUUGCGACACCUGGAUCUCUGUUUUUCCCUUUCUUCCGCGGAGUUCCGAGAGGCUCUUGUCGCCCAGGCGAUUCUGCGAUUGUACUUCUUCGACCAAGAGCAACUGUCUCGGCUCUUGGAGAGCGUCACGCGACUCGCAGCCUCUUCUCCCAGAGACGAGAAGCUGCUGGUGGGCGUGGACGAAAUUCUUCGGCGCGUCGAGGAAGAGGCGACAGCUGAACAGGCGUUCUUCUCGCCAGAGAGCUCGCUGCGAAUUCUUGUCUCCCUUGUCAGGCACGCCCAGAUGCGACCAAAAGUGACUGAAGAGCGUCAGGCGCUUAUUGCCGCGCUCUGCAGGUACCUGACCGGGUUCGAUUCCGUCUCGGCUCUUCCGGCCUCGAACGCAUCUCAACCGGCUGACGAGAGACACCGUUUCGAUCCGAAAGACAUCGAUGGAUCCGAUCUCUCGAUCCAGUUCCUCUUUGCGGACGAUGAAAUGGGACAGGUGUGUUUGCCUGACCAGCAAGACGAGUCGUUUUUGGACGACCGAGACGCAGCAGGGGAAUCGCGUCUGCAGGCACUCUCAGCGGCGUCGUACAUUCAUCUUCUUAGAGCACUCAGUGGCCUCGGCGUCCAGGGAGGUGCGAUCAUCUCCAGAGUCGCUCACCUUCUCGACAUGAAACGGUAUGAUUUGACGGAGGCCCAACAGGAAGUUGCCGCCGAGAUCUGCGCCUCUCUGGGGCUCCAGUUUCAGCAGGAGAACCGAAGCGGGUCCGGCACCCGCUGA